AUGACAUCUUUAUGUUUGGUUGAUUCAUGGGUUCCAACGUGUUCCAUGCUUAAUGGAUCUUCAUCUUCUUCUUUCGUGGGAUUCAUGUGCACAUCACCUCUCAAAUGUGGUAAACCCCAUUUCAAGAAUCAUCCAAGAUCCAGAUUUUCUUCUUCUUCUUUCUCCGUUUCUGCUGUGAUUGCAAAGGAAGACCAAGAAGACUCCUCCGAUUUCCAGAAAUCCAGCUUCGAUUUCAAGGCGUACAUGGCGGAGAAGGCUAAUUUGGUAAACAAGGCGCUGGAAGAAUCCAUUUCCAUUAAAACUCCACCCACAAUCCACGAAGCUAUGCGUUACACCCUCCUCGCCGGAGGCAAGCGUGUCAGGCCCGUCCUCUGCAUCGCCGCCUGCGAGCUCGUCGGUGGAGACGAAUACACCGCGAUGCCUGCCGCUUGUGCUCUUGAAAUGAUACACACCAUGUCAAUGAUCCACGACGACCUCCCUUGCAUGGACAACGAAGAUUUUCGCCGAGGAAAACCCACUAACCACAAGGUUUACGGCGAAGACAUGGCGGUUCUUGCCGGAGACUUGCUCGUCGUGCUCGCUUUCCAACAUGUCUCCAGCGUCACCGUCCGCGUGUCGCCUGCACGCAUCCUGGCUGCCGUCGCCGAACUCGCCAAGUCUACCGGGAUGGAAGGGUUAGCCGCGGGUCAAAUGCUGGACAUAGCUUUAACAGGGGAGAAGGACGUCGGAAAGGACGAGCUUGAAUUCAUCAGCCUACACAAGACGGGGGCGGUUUUGGAGGCAGCCGUCGUAGUAGGGGCGAUAUUGGGCGGAGGGAACAAGACCCAGGUGGAAAAGCUUCGGAAAUUCGCAAGAUGUAUUGGACUAUUGUUUCAGGUAAUGGAUGAUAUAUUAGACGUCACCAAAGAUUCGGUGUUAGACAAGAUGACAUAUCCAAAACUGAUGGGAAUGGAGAAAUGCCGGCAGUAUGCGGAGGAGUUGUUGGCAGAGGCUAAGCAGCAGUUAGAGGGUUUUGAAUCAUACAAGGCAGUGGUGCCGCUAGUAGCCAUGGCGGAGUAUAUAGCUUCCCAGCAKAACUGAAACCAAGCUAUUUUAUUUUCGAUGGGUUCGAGUCUUCUCCGUCAAUGUUGUAAGAUUGGUUU